ACGGCUCACCUCUGUGAAGACGGAAGCAAUACGGAUUAAAACAAAAUCAAACAGAAGAUCACCUCAUCUUUGUCAUGUAAAGCGAACACUGUUGAUGAGAAUAGACUGCUUUAAUAGUGGUGUUCUUACGGCCUUGGUGCUUUAUCAAACAGAUACUGUUACAGUAACUGUAAAGAUCCAGGCCGGGGUUUUGAAUACCUAAACACAACCCGUUCUGGUCUCUGAAAAAAGACAUUUUCAAGUUACAGCCGGUCAGAGCGAGCCUUGUGGGAAGGGGGUGUGUUGAAAUUUGGCAAAGCUUCCUGUCCGUCGUCUGAAUUGCGCUGCUGAAUCUCCAUCAGGAGUUCGUCAAAGCAGUUGAGAAGAUUCAAGGUUCGAGGAACUGAAAAUGGUACCGAAAACCAGGCUUGGGAAGCGUUCCCCACUGGGCACCCUGUUGUGUGGCUCCUCAGCGGAUGGCCUGACAGAAACAGGGCCCCAUGGAUGCCUGGAAAGUGGGCUUCACAGAAGCAAGCUUUACCCUGGACAGAAGGUGUAUGUGCACUGCGGAGGACAAGAAUGUGGAGGUGUGGUCGAACAGCAUAACCACGUGGACAAUGAGGUGUCUAUCUUCCUGCCCCAGCUUAACCAGCACGUUCAUCGCAAGCUGGAAGAUGUAUGGACAAACCCCACGUCCAGUCCUAACUCCUCAGUCUCCUCGUCCAUUGAUGUGCCAAGAAGGAAUCCAGUGACAGUGGACAUGGAUGAGAUCAUGGCUGCAAUGGUGCUUACAAGUCUGUCGUGCAGUCCAGUCAUCCAACACGCAACUCCGGGGAGCGUAGCUCCAGCUUUGUGUGGAAUGGAAAAUGGUGGUGGCGAACUGUCUGAUGGUGGAUAUUGGAGCUGCGACCAUGGAAACGGAAGCCCCGCCCCAUCCCCACCCAUCGCAGAGAUGGACAAGAGCGCCCCUCUCGUUGAUGAAGGCCUGGACAUGGAACUGGACCAAAUGUUGUUUAAUGAGCCAACGCCAAGAAAACGCAAGAACUCAGUAAAAGUAGCAUAUCGGUGCUUGUGGCCAAAAUGUGGAAAAAUACUGACCUCAGUAGUAGGCAUCAAACGUCACAUCCGAAAUUCUCAUCUUGGACAAAGUGAUGAGCACUCGCAAAGAGAAGAAGACUUCUACUACACUGAAGUCUAUCAGGACUUGGAGCAGACAUCUCCCCCUGCUGGCCCCCGGCCCUCCUGUGCUUCCCCAUGCAGUCCCAGCCGGCACAGGCCCCCUUCUCCCUCCAGCCCGGAGAUGCUCCAUCCCAGCCCGCUCAGCCAGUCGGCCCCGAGCAGCUCCUGGCAGGUCCAUACUGAGCACUCUUACCAGGCUCAUCCACCCGUUCCGGUUGUGACUCCGUGUAAACCAGUUUCUGUUCCUGUGUCCUGUCAUUGGACUCCACCUCUCACAGUUCACCAGAGCAAACAGGCCUCACCAUUCCGCCGUCGUUCAGUUAGUGUUGGUGAACAGUGGCUCCAGAAUAACACCGCCACCUUCAGGCCACAUCCUGCCAGUGUUUCACCUCCAAGAAACCAUUGCACUUCCAGGAGGAUUCGGGGCGAAGCCAAGAAAUGCCGUAAAGUGUACGGCAUUGAACACCGAGACCAGUGGUGCACCGCCUGCCGCUGGAAAAAGGCCUGUCAGCGAUUCCUCGACUGAAUCCUUCUUGAGAUUGGAAACGGAACACUAACCUCACAGAGACUCACAAGAGGGGAACUGAUCUGGAACUGUGGUUGGAAGAAACCAAAAGAGCACCUUUGUGACUUAACUUUUUCUACUUUUUAUCACGAAUACGUGUUUUGCGUUUUAUUAAAUGUGCUAAAGAGCCAUGUUGGUGCUGGAAAAAUGAAAAAAACAAAAAAGGACAGCCUCUGCCCCACAACUCCUGCAGUCUUCCUGCAUCUUAUAUCAUAUCAAGAACUGAUGAAGUGUUACCUUCCUUUUACAUGCAGUAAGCAGCCAUAUACGUAAUGUAUAUGCAUGUUGUUUAAUGUGGUUUAA